CUUUCUGGAGUAAAGAAUGAUUGCGAAUUUCUGAGACGUUUUUAAAUUCGAGAUUUGAUGUUUCUUUGCAUAACUGUUACAUUAUUUUUAUUUUUCAUAUAAGAUUCAGAAAUAUAUAUUGUAUUAAUGGUUGUAGCAUUGCAGUUUUCAUGAAAUUUAUACAAACCGUAAAUUUUCUUUUCUUCAAAUUAUUUGAUGACAUUUUGUAGCUGUCCUCACCCUUACAAUUUGUGCAAAUGGAUGAUUCCAUGAUUUCUCCAGAUACAUUUUUAGGAAACAAAAUGGGGGAUUCUGCUUCGGAAAGUGAUUCGAGUUCUCUCGAUGGCGGAGCAAUGCUGCCUCCGAGUACUGUUUCCCGAGAUCAAUUACAGAAAAGGAUUGAAUCACUGCAACAACAAAACAGAGUAUUAAAAGUGGAGCUUGACACUUAUAAGCUGAGAGUAAAGGCUCUACAAGAGGAAAAUCGUGCGUUGCGCCAAGCUUCAGUGUCAAUUCAAGCUAAAGCAGAACAGGAAGAAGAAUAUAUUUCUAAUACAUUGCUGAAAAAAAUCCAAGCUCUAAAAAAGGAAAAGGAAACACUUGCACAUCAUUAUGAAAGGGAAGAGGAAUGUCUAACUAAUGACCUCUCCCGUAAAUUGAAUCAAUUACGCCAAGAAAAAUGCCGCCUGGAGCAGACAUUAGAGCAGGAACAGGAGUGCCUGGUAAAUAAAUUAAUGAGGAAAAUAGAAAAACUAGAAGCAGAGACUCUUGCAAAGCAAACUAAUUUAGAAAGACUUCGUAGAGAGAAGGUGGAAUUAGAAAACACAUUAGAACAAGAGCAGGAGGCUUUGGUGAAUAGGCUUUGGAAGAGAAUGGAUAAACUAGAAGCUGAAAAACGGUCCUUGCAGAUUAGAUUGGACCAACCCGUUUCUGACCCAGCCAGCCCUAGGGACAUCAGUAAUGGUGAUACUGCAUCUAACUUAAGUAAUCACAUCCAAACAUUGAGGUCAGAAGUUGUUAAAUUAAGGAAUCAAUUGGCGGUUUCGCAAAACGAAAAUAAAGAGAAAAUGCAACGUUUUGUGUUAGAAGAGAAACAUAUCAGAGAAGAAAAUAUUCGCUUGCACAGAAAGUUGCAACAGGAGGUGGAACGUCGUGAAGCGUUGUGCAGACAUCUUUCUGAAAGCGAAUCUUCACUAGAGAUGGAGGAGGAGAGACAGUUUAAUGAGGCUUUGAGUGCGCGGUCGCGCAGCGUGUCGUCCCCGGGCGGGUCGCGGCCGCUGUCGCCGUACGCGUCGCCGCUGCUGCCCGCGCCCGGCCUGCCGCUCUCUCGCCCCGCGAUGCACUUUAACUCGCAGGCGAGACGGGCGAGCGAGCGGUUCGUGAAGCCGGCGGUGCCGGGCGGCGCGCUGCUGCCGCCGCGCGCGCCGCUCGAGCCGCCCGCCGCGCCCGCGCCCGCGCCGCCCGCGCCUCCCGCGCCCCCCUCGCCCUCCAUGCAGCCCGCCAGCCCCAUGGACACCUCGUCGCGGGACUAGCGGGGCCGCCGCCAGGACGGAGAGAUUCGGCGAGUGUCUGUCUUAACACAUUUGUCGCUAUUCCCGAGACCUAGUAGGCUUCGAGUUACAUUUUCGUUAAACCGUUCACGCAUAAAUGCAACGAAACAGAGUAUAUUAGCUUGGCAGUCUCAUCGUAUCGAGUCGCAUGCCCGAGGAGGGACGGGUAGAGCACCGCUAGUGAAGGAAUUGUGAAGAUAGUGAUACUAAAAUAUAUUAUAAAUAAAACAGAUUUGUUCGUUUUGCGUCGAAGGCGUUUAGCCUUUAUUUUGGAGUAUUGGAAGGUUUAUAGAUGUGUGUUAUCGAUAAGGAGCUGAUGUUUUAUUUGAUUUAAUUGGUAUAUUUUAUUUUUAUUGCCAAGCUCGACUAUUUAUGUACACAGUUUUUGUUAUAUUGUCACUAUAUUUGCUGUAUUUAAUUUUUAAAAAUGGGAUUAUGUAUUUACAUAUUGAUAUUUAUUUUAACGUCUGUUAACCAACUAUUUACACGGUUACAAAGAAGUCGGUGUGUCUACUAACUGUCUACGCGCAUAACAAUAAAUUAUUCAAAAUAAUUGAGUUAGAUUUUAAGUAAUACUCUAUUGAUUGACUAAUUAUCAAAUUCCAUUAAAAAUAUGCUUAUUACAAAUAAACCAAAUCGAUGACAACUUAACUGGAACAAUUCGUGACGAUCUUAAUGCUGCCAUUUGUAAAAAAUACGAAUAAUAUUAUAAAGGCGAGCAUAUUAUUUGAGACUUUAAACAAGCUUCUUUCACAUAUAAUGCGAUUUAGAACUAUUUGAUAUGAUUAAUAUGGUUGUCGAUAUUAAAGAUAAUUUGAUGAUUAAAUUAUCAAAAAUCUAUUGUUACUACAUAAGUCCUCGCUGCUGGCCACUUAAAGUCAGUUUAAAACGGCUUAAAAAAUAUCGUAGUUAUUAUUUAAUCGCGAUCGCAUGCAGCCUACAGGCAAGUGUUAUAUCGCUCACAAGCUCUUGCGUCCUUUAAAAAUAUAUGUACUGUGCACAUCACUCACUGCCUUUAAAGACUUGACACGUUCCUUAAACCGAUUACGUAUUGUUCUAUUUCAAAAAACAAUUGAAGUUUAAUAGAUCCGUGAUUUUGAAAGAUUAUGCGAGAUUAAUGAAUGACGCAUAAAAUUUAGACGUGUGUUACGAAGCUCUUAAACUCGAUAUUAGUACUGAAAUAGACAAUAAAAUAUUAAACUUGGGUCGGUUAGGGUACGUAGUGAAGUUUAUUCGGAGAUACCGAUAAUUUCACAGUGUAAUCAUAUUCCAAGUUAUUGCUGAUUAACCGUUGGAAAUUAAAUUCGGGCUUCAUGGUAUGAGGCAGUGGGUUUAAUGUUAUAGACUGUAUAAAUUCGAACGUGAAUAAAGGGUUGUAGAAGAUUAAAGGUUAUAAUCUAUUUGAUUAAUAUGUUAGGGUUUUGUUACACUACUCUGAAAUGUUGUAAGCAAAAUGUAUGUUAUGUUUAGAAUGUUGUGUUGUGCUCUUCUCUUUAAGGCAGGUUGUUACUGAUUGGAAACAUUUAAGAGUAGUGUGCGAAGUCUCGAUUCAAUUAUGCAAAUUUUCACUUAAACAGUUUAUUUUUUUUUCCAAUGUUAAUAAAAGAAAUUAUACGCAUUAAUAUUUA